CUAUACAGUAAAAACUAGAUAGAUUUCUUCAUAGUAAAAUCAUUAAAUUCAUUGUUUUACAGUCAGUUAUUCGUUAACUUAUGAUAAUUCAUUCAAGAACGUAUUCAUUCUACCAUUUAAUUAAUUUAUCAGAUUCCCACUACUAUAAAAUAUAACCAGUUAAAACUGCAGAUAUGUAACAUAACCUAUUUUAACUCAUGCUUUAAUGUUUAUCAGUGACUACGACCAAUGAAUUCUUUGCUGUUGGCCUUUGACAUCAGUGUAUCACGUAAAUAAAUAGGGAAAAAUCUCGGCUCUGACGUUUAUCGCCACGUUAUGCUUUCAGAUGCUUAGUCUUAUGAAGAUGAUGACCAGCGUAGGGAGUCAACAUGCUUUUUAUACAACACCAAGCUAUAAGGAAACUGUACAGGUUUUGAAUAGCCUCCAAAGUAAUGCAUCCUACAUUCAGAAAUUUAAUAAAGCUCAGGUAUCGCCACUUACCAAACUGCAAGACAUGGACAAAUUAUUACUCCGGUCUGGGAUAACUCCUAAAGAAUUAGAUUCUUUAUCUGUGAUACAUGUGGCAGGUACUAAAGGAAAAGGAUCAACAUGUGCAUUUACGGAAGCUAUUUUGCGACGACAUGGUUUUAAUACAGGCUUUUAUAGUUCUCCCCAUUUAAUCAGUGUUAGAGAAAGGAUACGAAUUAAUGGAGAGCCAUUAAAUGAAUUUCUGUUUACAAAGUUCUUUUGGAAAGUAUACAAUGAGCUGUACAGCAAAAAGGACAAUGAAGAAGAUAUGCCACCGUACUUCAAGUUCCUUACAGUUUUAAUGUUUCAUGUAUUUGUAGAAACAAAUGUUGACGUUGCUAUUAUAGAAGUUGGCAUAGGUGGAGAGUAUGAUUGUACAAAUGUUGUCAGAAAUCCGGUAUGUGUAGGUAUUACCAGUUUAGGCUUGGAUCACACAAAAAUGUUAGGUGAUACGUUAGAAUCAAUAGCCUAUGAAAAAUCAGGCAUUUUUAAGCCAAACACGCAAGCGUUUACGGUCCCUCAGCCAGAAAAUGCAAUGAAAAUUUUAGUGAACAGGGCAAUUGAGAGAAAUUGCAAAUUGAAUGUUGUACGAAGUCUUGAAAAUUACCCAUGGAAAAAUGAACUUCCUAAUUUAGGAAUUUCAUGUGAUGUUCAAAAAUAUAACGCGGCACUGGCUAUUGAAAUGGCUCAAACAUGGAUUCGACAUAUUAAUAAAAACAAAAGUCUAUUAAAUAGCAAUGUACAUUUAGAAGUAAGGAAUACGUCACGAAGUAAUACAGAUACCUUUUAUGAACUUAAUGCAAAUCAAGUUAUAAAAAUAGAUCCAACUUAUCAUAACUUCGCAGAACACUCAAUUAAAACAAUACAAAACGUCGAGAAUCUGACUUAUCACACAAUACGUGAUAUAUUUAAAAAACCAUGUACAUUAUCUUUAGAAAAAACUGCUGAAGCAUUAUCCAAUUGUAAAUGGCCUGGUCGAACUCAAAUUUUAUAUGGUAGCUGUAUGACAUUUUAUUUAGAUGGUGCUCAUACAAUCGAAAGUAUUGCGAUAUGUUGUUUGUGGUUUAAAAAUGCUACUUGCCACACGUAUGGUAAACGUUUUUUAAUAUUCAAUCUUACUGGAGAUCGUGAUGCUGUUUGUUUAUUGAGAUCACUAAAAACUUUGAAUUUUGACAGGACAUACUUUGUACCAAACAUUGCAGGUUCGAAUUCUACUAUAGAUCAAGAAAAUUAUUCAGUGCCAGUAGAACAGCAAAUAAUUAAAUGUCAUAAGUACUGUGAAAUUUGGGGACCGAAUUCAAUAGUUAUGAAUAACGUAAGUGAAGCAUUAAAUCAUGCAAAGGAAGAAAGCCGACUGGAACACAAUUUCACCCCCGAAUAUAAAACUCAAGUCCUUGUAACUGGUUCUUUACACUUGAUUGGUGCGACAUUAGCCUGUUUAGAUCCUAAUUUAACCAUGACAACAAACUUCUGAGAAUCAUGACGAUAAAAGUUAACAUAAUGAAGCUACAUAUUAUUUGUAUAAAAAUUAGACGUAUUGUCUUUAUUAAUAUUAUAAUCAGAUAAUAAUGAUGAUUUUUAUCAUUAAAUACGACAUAACAUUCAGCAAUGCAAUUAAUUUAUAGAACA